AUGUGGCGCAGUGAGGAGGCACCAGCCUGCGGAUCAUCUGAGUUUGGACUUUGUGGUUCCCCGUGCGGCUCGCGGCUCUCCCUCAUGCAGCUCCUGCGGCUGGCCUGGGCUCUGACUGCCUCCGCGGUCUGCUUCCUGCUGCUCCUGAUCCUCCACAACCAGAUCCUGAGAGAAGCUAAUUCCACCGCUUUACUGCUACACUGGUUCAAGUUUACGCAUUUACUCCGCUCAGGUCAGCUGGCGGCCGGGACCUGUGAGAUCGUCACUCUGGACCGAGACAGCAGCCAGCCGAGGAGGACCAUUGCUCGACAGACGGCCCGCUGCGCCUGCAGGAAGGGACGGAUCGCCGGGACGACACGAGCCAGGCCGGCCUGCGUCGACGUUCGUAUCGUGUGGACUCGACUGUGGUGCGAGAUGUCUCCGUGUUUGGACGACGAAGGUUGCGACCUCCUGGUCAAUCAGUCGGGCUGGACCUGCACCCAACCGGGAGGCCGGGUCAAGACCACCACGGUCUCCUGACAGUGGCGGCGAGGACAGAAAGAGAAAGACCGGUUCCCAUCGUCCAUCGGCCAUCACCGCCAAGCGGAGCAGCCGCCGCCGCCAAACUAACCAUCAGCUCCUUUCAGAGCCGAGGGGCGGCGUCACUUCCUGCCUCG